AUGGUUGAAAGAACAAUUAGUUUGGAUGAAGAUGGAGAUAGUGUGAAAUAUGGAGCAAGAAGGCCACUUCCAGCUGGAUUAUAUUCAUUUUUGUGUAUUCAAAAAGGAAUUGCUGAUGAUAUGAUGAGAUUGGAAUUGAGAUUUGAGAGAAAUUUGAUUGUUUGUAGUACGGCUGUUGUUAAUGUGAGUCGGAAAAUUUGAUUUUCCGAUGAAGUAAUUGGAAUUGAAGAACAAAUUGAUUAAUCAAACAACUUUUCCAUGGAAAAGUUAAACUUUUGAAAAACAAACAAAAAUUUUGAAGAAUGAUUGAGAAAAACAACAAAAACAAAACCAGUCUGAAAAAAAAAACAAGAAAAAUUAAAUAAAAAUAACGCUCAAUUUUUCAUCACCUUCAAAUUCAGAUUUUUCAAUGAAAAUAACAUGAAAGCCACGUUUUUCUAAAAAUUUUAGGCCUAAAAAUCAAAAUUUUCACAUUAACUCGGUCUGAAAUCACAUAAAUUUGACUGAAAAUCGAUACUUUUCCCAUGUGGUGGGAAUUUUCAUAUUAGAAACAUCAAAAAUUCUCUAAACGAGUCUCUCGAAAGUGAUUUACAGAUUUUAUGUCAAAACAACAUUGCAUACGCGAAAAAAUUAUUUAACGAAGCAAUUCGAAAUCACGAUGAAAAAAGUUGGCGAAUAAUUCGAGCCACAAAUGGAAUUGAGCAAGCGCUAAAUUUUGUGGAAGAAGGGUUCGAGAGAUUUGCCGAAUUCGAUCGAUUGGAGAAAAAUGUGGAAAUCGUAGAUUUCGACGCAGUUCGGCUAACUUCACAGCGAUUAUUGAGAACAACAAGAGAAAUGUGCGAAAAAAUGCAAAUCGAAAAGUUGUUGCAAGAAUUUGUUGAGUUGAAAAUCGAUAUAAUUUCAAGAAUUGCAAGAAAUUUAUGCGCGGAUUUGGAUCAAUUAAAAGGAUAUUAUAAUACGAGAGAAGUUACGAUAAAUGAAAAAAUUGAGGGAACUUUGGAAUGUUGUUAUGGAUUAGUCGAUGAUGUUAAAGGAUUAUUAUUACCAAAGUUAGUUAAUUUUAGAGUCGAAGUUACACUAUCUUUGUGAGUUUGGCGCCAAGAAUUAUUUUGUUUUUUCAGCUGCUUCAAAAUCAGCACUAAAUUUCUGGCAAGUUCACUAGAAAUUGAAGUUCGCAAAUUUUUGAAACAAAAACAGACGGCCGAUUAUUAUAGCAAUAUUUAUGUGAGUUUUUGAAGAAAUUAUCGAAUGAAAAAUCCAUAAUUUAAAGGGACAUACAGUACCUCUUCAAUUUUUGCAGAUUGCUUUGAAAUAUAUCUACGAAAUGCUGGAAAUUGAAAACGAAAAAGAUAUCGAUUUAUUAAAAAAUCUGCAUUUGAACAGUUUUUCAACAAACGAUCUGAUAUUAUCGUAUUAUGAUUCGAUUUGUGAAAAAAUUGAAAGAUCUACGAAUUUUGGAAAUGUGCCAAAUAUUGAUAUACAAAUACAACAUUCGAAAAUUGAACCGAAAAAUGCGAAUGACCUGAUGGAAAUUGCUAUUCAAAUCAAGUGUUAGUAGGAUUUUUUGACGCCAAAUUUUAUUAAAGUUCAGAAAUUUCAAUUUUUGCUCAAAAAAUGCCACGUGGCAGCGAAAAUUCCAUUACUUUUCCUAUUAAAAUGUUCCUAACCCUUUUUGGCGCCAAAUUCAAAUAUUUUCUGGUUACAGUAGUAAAAAUGUCCCCAAUGGAAUGGAUUGAUAUUUUAUCGGAUCGGGUCGAUUAUUUCACAAAAUUCGAACUUUUACCAAAAGUGCUAUUUCCGUCGAAUAAAUUCGAUUCGCCAAUGACAAAUCCAGUUCCACAAUCAACAACUCCGCAAUGGAAAGAAUUAUUUGAAAUGCGAGUUUUUCGAGAAAACCAUUGGCCCAGAAUUUGAACAUUUUCGAGGGAAAACUACUUCAAAACUUUGAAAUUCUUUGAAAUUUGAAAAAACUUUGAAACACGAAAAAACUUGCAAUUUCUGUAAAAAUUAGCCUAAAAACUUUCAAAAAUCCUCAUUUUUUGCAGCCGCGUUCCCCUCGACUCAUUUUUCACUCGCGGCGCCUGUCUCUCGAUCUCAGUUUUCGAUCACGAACUUCAAGCAGAUCGUCUAAUCGGACGUGGUUUUAUUCCACUUCAUUCAGUUCCAUCAACAACUUCCACAUUGCGAAUUCCACUUUUAUCCGCUGAUUUUCAAGCCGACAACAAUUCUGACAAUCCAUUUUUUCAACUUUUGAAGGCGCGUUCGUCGCGAGACCCAAUUGCGCGGGAAUUUAUCGAAACGCGAACAAAAAGGAUUUUCAGACGGAUUUCGGAUAUUCAUAGAAUGAUGAUUUGUAGGAGAAGAAAUUGGAAUCGGAAUUUUAAAUAAAUGUUUUAAAUUGAAUUUUUCUUCCAAAUUCCCAAGCCACGUGGAUUUUUUAACGUCAAAAACUGAAAUUUGACAUCAAAUGUCAAUUGCAUGAAACUUGAGCAUUAGAAUUAGGCCAAUUAUAAUUUUCUCACCAAAAUAUCGAUUUUUGUUUGGCAAAAUGUGUUUUACUCGGUAAAUCUUAGAUGGUAUUUAGAAUUUAAGCAGAAUGCUGAUUUUUCUCAAACUUACAAUAAUUUUUUAGCGCUAAAACCCUGGAUUCCCCCGAAAAAAAACCAAGAAAAAAAAAUACAAAAUUCAAAAUGUUGUUUGCGCGGGUUGCCCGCGGUGUUUGCAGAUACCGUAAUUUCCACCAAAUGUGUGCAGUUGUGCGUCACAUUGAUUUUUCUUUUUUUUUUCACUGUUUUUCGAACUAGUGGAAACUGAAAAUUUCGAACCAGAAAAUGAAAAUGAUAAAAAUUUGGGUGGAAGACGAAGAAAUGUGAUUGCUAGAAGUAAGGCUGAGAAUCGGCUGAUUUCAGAAUUAAUUUUGAAUUUUCAGGUGGAAAACCAAGAAGGAAACUAGGUGAAAAUGGAAGAGGUCAACAGGAAAAACAAGAAAAUCUGGAAGAACCCAAGAAAACAGUUAAAGAUGGUGAGAUUUUCAGAAUCUAGAGAAAAGAAACAUAUUUUUACACCCAAUAUUUUUGGUGUCUAAAAAUCUCCUGUUUUAAGAUGAGCAAUUCAUCAAAGUUCCGCAUCACGUCGACCGAAAAUCAAGGAGAAGACAAAAUUCCAAUGAGCCCAUAAGAGCAGGACGUGAGUUUUUUUUCAACAAAUAAGAGCGCCCUUAUUUAAAAAGUUCGCGUUCAUUUUCCAAAACCAGAAAUGGAGAAUUAUUUGUUACAAAUCCACACAGACUGUAAGGUCGAUUUUUGAAUACAAAAAAAAUCAUCAAUUUGUAAAGAAAAAAUAGAGGAAACAAAAUUCGUAAUUUUUUUGUGCAGAAUUUAAAGAAAUUCAUAGUUUUUGUUUAAAAUUCUUUUCUGUCCUAUUAGUAGUUGAGCAAUUGGCACCAAGUAUAAUCUUGUUUCAAAUCAUAAGUUUUAUAGUUAAUUUGUUUUUUCAAUUUCACAGAACAGUCUAUAGUUUAAAUGUAACAAAUCUGUCUUUUAUUUAUUUGUUACAUUUUUCCCUUCUUUGAAUUCACGUGAAAUAUUUUUCCCAUUUUCAACCUUUUCAAAAUGUAACAAAUUUUAAAAAAUUAUUUUUGGUACAUUUUUUCAUUUGACGUUUUUUGUGACAUUUAUGUCAUUUUCAAGAAAAAAAAGAUUUUUUUCAAUCAACAGUUCGUUCUAGAACUGUACAUUAUAAUGGCAUUAGUUAUAGUAAUUUCUCAAAUAAUCAGAAAAGGUCUAUUUCAAAUUAUCUUCCAAUUUCGGAGAAAACAAAAAUUUGAAAUGAAUGAGACGUCAUCAAUUUUGAGGACACGUAGAAUUUGUCCCAAAAAGCAAGUAAAAAAAGAAAGAAAUUCAGAAAUUCUUUUUUCACGUGAACUAAUUUUUUUCAUCCAUUUCGCAAAAAUGGGUUUUUCUAAAUGCAGAUUUGAGCAUCCAGAUCUGCAAAAUCUCACUUUUUUCGAUGAAAAACAUCAAAGAAGUUAAAAAUCUAUGAAAAUGAAGGUUCAGUUCUAUAGGGACUUCAAAAAAUGAAUCAGUUUUCGAAAAAAUUAUGUUUUUAUAUUUUUUCGAAAAUGUAACAAAUUGAAAAAAAUAAUUUUGUUACAAAAUUUCACGCCUUCAUUUUUUGUAAAUGUAACAAAAAUCAAAAAACAAAUUUUGUUACAUUUUUUUUUAGGAAAACGAACAUUAAAAAAUAGAUAAAACGAAAAUUGGAGAAUAAUAAAUAGAAACUAUCAAACUUAACUUAUCAACCCUUUUCAAAAUUGGAAUUCAAUGAAAAUUACGAUGAACACGAAAACUCACAAGCAUGCAGCUUCAAAAUGUAUAAUUUUUAACAAAGUGCAAGUUUUUACAAUAAUUUCAGAAAAGAAUGUUUUAUUUAUCAAAGCAAAAAUUAUUCACUUUGCCUACUUGAUUUUUUGUGUAAAUGUAACACUUUUUAUCAUUUUCCUAGUAUUUUCUAAACCAACGCAAACUUUUUAAAUAAUGGCGCUCUUAAAUUGUUCUCAACAUUUUAAAAAUCAUUUUCAGAUGGAAAACCACAAAAAAAGAAGGGACAAAGAAAAGGACCCAAUGAUUCGUUCGAAAACGACACCGAACUUCCACAAGCUAACAUUUGA